GUUUUUUAUCUUCACCAGCAUACCCACACACAUUAGACAAAUAGUUGUCUCUGGUCUCGUGUUGGAGAAAGCAGGAAAAUGCAUGCAUGUUGUUGUGUUUGGAUUUUUGUUCUGAUAUUGUUGGCAGUUGAAGGUAAGAGCACCACUCUGCAAUGUUUCGUUUGCGACAGUUUUUACAACAAAGGAUGCGGGGACCCAUUUGACAACGCCACCGUGCCUCUUGUCCCAGACUGUGCUCAGUGCUCCAAGAUAUACUACCACAAAGACGAGAAACAGUACAUCGAGCGGAGCUGCCUACCGACCCAGGCUGAGAUGGACGGGUGUAAGAGAAGCGGGACAGAUGAGCAGGCGACCAUCGACUGCUGGUGUUCGGACGGCCCCGGAUGUAACAGUCGCAUCAUUUACACACCCAACUCCCUGCCCAACUCCCUGGCCACCCGACCGUCCACUGGAGGACUGCUCCUCCUUGCAAUCGGAGUUGCGUUUAAGUUACAUUUGACGCUUGUACCAGUGAUAUAGAGAUUAUAUAAUUCGUGUAAGAGAAUGAAUUGAAAUUAUAUCUAUAGUAUUUGAUAAUUAUAAGAAAAAACGAAUAUUAUUAUGUCUUCAUCGACAAUGAAGUACUCCCUGUGACAGAAGACUCACAUUUAUCAUGUUAAAACUACAAGAACGUGAUUUGCGUUCUGCUAAUUUGCAGUUAACUUCAAUAAAACAGAAUUGUUUGGUGCAUUAUUUGGUUUUUGGUUUGUUUAAUUAUUAUAAACACAUGUCAUGUGUCUGCUUCACAACCAUCGCGGCAAUAAAAUUUGGCCGUCCAACUUAA